GCCUUGGCCCGAGCCUUGGCCCGAGGAGGGGCCGGCCCGGCCUCGGGGGCUCACCUGUGGGCCUUGCGCUCCGCCCACAGCCAGGUGGUGAACGGACUCAAAUACUACCUGGACGUCACUCUGCUGAAGGGUCAGCGCAGCGAGAGCCAGGCUGCGGGCCAGGACACUGCCCGUCACAACUCUCAAGGAGAGCCGGAGCAAAUGUCCUGCCACUUUGAAGUCUGGAUUCAGCCCUGGGCCGGCGAGAAGAAACUGGUUCAGCACGAGUGUCGUCCCGCUGAUCCGUUCGAGAUCAUCCAGGCAGCAAAACGGGGCGGGUGGGCCGUGUUUCACCCCCAGGCUUCGGGUCCAGAAGCUGCCGACCUGCUCCAGGGCGAGAGGUCUCUGCAGAAUGCCUCCAUUCACCUGGUCUCCCUCUUCAAGGACUUUGUGAUCACCUAUAAGAAGAGCUACCAGGACAAAAAAGAGACCGAGCGGCGCUUCCGGAUCUUUGCUGAGAAUCUUGAGAAGGCCCAGGUCAUUCAGGAGCUGGAUCAGGGCACGGCGGAAUAUGGAGUCACCAAAUUCAGCGACCUGACAGAGGAGGAGUUCCGCUCCACGCACCUCAACCCGCUGCUGGCCGAGCUGCCUGGCCGGCCCUUGAAAGCAGCCGCCAUCCCCACCGACCCUCCCCCAGACCAGUGGGAUUGGCGGGACUAUGGGGCUGUCACGGGGGUCAAGAACCAGGGCGCUUGUGGCUCCUGCUGGGCCUUCUCCGUCACGGGCAACGUGGAAGGGCAGUGGUUCCUGCGCAAGGGCUCCCUCGUCUCGCUCUCCGAGCAAGAGCUGGUCGACUGCGAUGCCCUGGAUCAGGCCUGUGGGGGUGGCCUGCCUUCCAAUGCUUACGAAGCCAUCGAAGGGUUAGGUGGCCUGGAGACCGAGCGGGACUACAGCUACGAAGGGUUCGCGCAGAAAUGCGACUUCUCGAAGGACAAGGUGGCCGUGUACAUCAACAGCUCCGUGGGCAUCUCCCGCGACGAGAAGGAGAUCGCAGCCUGGCUGGCCAAGAACGGGCCCAUCUCCAUCGCUCUGAACGCCUUUGCCAUGCAGUUCUACCGGAGGGGAGUCUCCCAUCCCUUCUUCCUGCUGUGCAAUCCGUGGAUGAUAGACCAUGCAGUCCUCUUGGUGGGCUACGGCACACGUGGCCAGACCCCUUUCUGGGCCAUCAAGAACAGCUGGGGCGAAGACUGGGGAGAGAAGGGCUACUACUACCUGUAUCGGGGCAAACGAGCCUGCGGCAUGAACACCAUGUGCAGCUCUGCUGUGAUCGAUUAGCCCCCCAGCCACCCACCCAUCACCCCCCCCCCAAACCUUGCCUGCCUCUCCUUGGUCCGAAUCGCUGCCUUCUGGGCUUUCUCUCCAGCACUAACACAAGGAGCUGGGCGUCUUCCCGGCACGUGAUCCUGACCCAGUCAAUCCAAGCAUGUGUUGCUCGUAGUCUUUCCAAAGCUGGGGAAGAUCUGCCCCGUGGCAACCCCACAGGCUGCCCCGACUGCUACCGUUUUAGAGUAGACUCUCAACCUUACCAAGCUCUUUCUCUCUCCCCCCCCCCUUUUCUGGGUUUUGUGGUCACCCUGAAGGAACGUUCCCCUUCCCGGUUGGAGCGGGUGCCUCUUUCAGGCCGCCUGGGAGCCUGCACGAGAUGGCGACGUGAACAGCUUCUCGCCCACGUAAGGAGAGGCGAAACAGCCCAGCCCGUGCACUGACGCUCUUUAAAAUGUCUUCCGAAAGGCAGGGGAUCAGGCUGAGAAUUGGAAGGAAGGGACAUCGUUCGGGGGCCGGUCGGCCACCUUCUUUGCCUCCCUGGGUUCGCUCUUUGUCGGAUUUCCCAACCCCUGGUCUCUGCCUGGUUUCGGACUCGGGAGGGGCCACAGCGACAGAGGACCUGCUUUGAGCACCGGUGGCGGGUUCAGCUUCCAGUUGAAGCCUCUCAAGACGGCCAGGAGGGAGCAGGCCUCCGGCUGGAGCCCCGCGGCCGACGAGGGUAGAAGGUAGCAAAGCACGCUAGAGGACGCCCGUGGGCCGAGUCUAAGACAAGUCAUCUCUGAAGCGGUUCCUACGGCUGCAGGAAAGCUCACCUUGUAUUUUCAGAUGGAUGUUUCGGGGGCGGGGGGUCAUUUACUUGAUCAGCCCCUUUUCCCUUUCCUGUAAUUAAGUGUACAAGAUAUCUUGUUGUUUGCAGAAGGGGGUGAGCAUGCCGUGACUGCAUUUUUGUGCUUGCAAAAACCCUCACCCUCGAGGGGUCACCCCCUCCCAUUUUCUCUUUCCAUCCCUUUUUUGCACUUUCGGGGUUUAUCCCCAUGAGGGGUUGCGGCACUAAUUCCUUUGGGACCCCCACCUCCCUGCUUCUGGGGCGUGUGUGUGUGUCUCUUGUUCCGUUAAAGCAAAUCCUGUUCCGUUUCUAGAAGACUUGAACAAAAAAACAACAACAACUAAGCAACCUCAAAAAGGUACAAGGAGUCGGAAAAGCUCCUGAGACAGUAUAUUUUUUUUUGGGGGGGGAGAGAAUGUGACGCUGAUCAAGGAUGGUGGUGAACACUGUGGUUGCAGUAUCGACGGCCGGGUGUGGUGGACUGAGGGGCUGCCAGUUCCUCCCUUCCGAGAAGAGUGGUCUUAACCGACCAGAUAGGCGGGAUAUAAAUAAAAUAAAAAAAUAAAUAAAUAAAUAUGCGGUGGGAGUUAAAUCCAGGCCACCUUCCUCAUUAACAUCAGCCCCUCUACUAACAUUGGCUACGGAUCACGAGGUGGGUGGGAAGAGACCACCUUUCCCGCCGCCCCCCCCUGCACCCAGAGGCGUCUCUGGCUUGUAAAGUCCCGAGACCCUCCCCACCUCAACCCUUGUCGGAACGCUGCACAUCUGUUAGGUUUCUGCUACCUCUGUUUGUAGGCUCAAGCCCCCCCCCCAAAAAAAGUGCUUGGAAAAUGCUGUUACUGACGCGAAAUAGAGUGAAGGCAGGGGAGAAAGUGUUUAAAUCUGCUGUUUGGGUUUCCUGGGGGGGGCGGUUGUUCAGAACAAGCCUCCCUCCACUUCGGCGGCUCCCUGGGUGCCUGUCGGGUGCGGAGAGGGCCCUUCCCUCUCGCCCUGAAACGGCCGGGAGCCUGGGCCGAAAGCGAUUUGGGAAAAGGCCGAGAAAGCUUGCCGAGACUCCGGUCGGGCACUGAGAAGUUCGCCACCUUUGCCGUUUCUGUCUUUUCCCCACACUAAUAAAAGAGGCUUGUUGUGA